GAUACAGCUCUCUCAAUUCCUCCGAUAUUUUUGGUCAAAUCUUUCUAUAAACGUUAAGACUUUUAUGCCUUAUAUAUUUAUUAUUUACAAGUAUAUUUGCGUGCAACAGCUGUUUUUUUUUUCUAUUUCUUUUGCUUUUUUCCUGGUUUUUAUUGAAUCCUAGAUUUGCCAGUCUUUUUGGAUAUAUAGUAAAAGUUCAGUCCCAGGCGAGCUCACAGUCAUUGACAAAUCUACUUGUUCCUUUAGAUCUUGCCAAUUUUUUUUGUAUAAUUUCUUUCUUUUAUUUUGGCUAGAGUUAUGCCGUCAUCUUAGGUCUCCGAAAUCUAGAUGGAAGUUUAAACACUUGACCGGAUUUGGAAUCCCAUAAUCUGCUCUGUUUUGACGCGGAAAUGCAGGACAACAAAAAAAAAAAAAAGCCACUGGAUGGCGAUUGUUAUUUCAUUUGGGUCACCUUGUGUCAAAGUCCUGGAUCUUAAUUUAUGUUCUUCACCUUGCUUAAAAUGGUGAUCAUGGAUUGCUUGGUUCAUUUGUUUGGGUGAUUUGGGUUCUGGUUCUGUUGAUGUUAGAUGCCUGAAGAUUCUAUAGGUGACUCGUUGGGCCGGGGAAUGGUAGAUAUAACAAAUCUGAAAAUAUGAUAUUUGGGCAUUUGUUACUGGUGCUUUUGAUGUUUCAUUCAAGCUCUAGCUGAUUUGAUUUGGUGAUCUGAAGUUGUGCGUGGAGGGCUUUGACCACUGCUUCACCCAACAUAGUAGCUUUUUUGAAUAUUACCUCCUGCAGUCUCUAAAAAUAGCUAGAUGGGUUCUCGGUUCCCAUCUCAUCAGCUCAGCAAUGGCCUUUAUGUCUCAGGCCGACCUGAGCAGCCAAAGGAAAGACCUCCAACAAUGAGCUCGGUGGCCAUGCCAUACACUGGUGGUGACAUCAAGAAGUCAGGAGAACUGGGUAAAAUGUUUGAUAUCCCUGUGGAUGGCUCAAAGUCCAGGAAAUCCGGGCCUAUAACUGGUGCUCCUUCAAGGACAGGAUCAUUUGGAGGUGCCGCUUCACAUUCAGGACCAAUCAUGCCUAAUGCAGCUGCUCGGGCUGCCUACACCACAUCAGGUGCUGCAUCUUCUGGAGGUGUCUCUGGUUCAGCUUCAUUAAAAAAAUCUAAUUCUGGACCCUUAAAUAGACAUGGAGAUCCUGUAAAGAAGUCAUCUGGACCUCAGUCUGGUGGCGUAACGCCCUCUGGCCGCCAGAACUCUGGUCCCCUUCCACCUGUUCUUCCUGCAACUGGCCUCAUUACAUCUGGACCUAUCUCUUCAGGUCCACUAAAUUCAUCUGGCGCUCCCCGGAAGGUGUCUGGUCCUCUAGAAUCUAUGGGGUCGAUGAAACUUCCAGGCUCUGCUGUUGUUCACAAUCAAGCUGUGACAAUCCUCACCCAAGAGGAUGACUUUUCUUUCAGAAAAAACUUCCCAAAGCCAAUAUUGUGGUCACUUAUUCUACUUUUCGUCAUGGGGUUCAUUGCUGGCGGUUUUAUCCUUGGAGCAGUGCAUAAUGCCAUUCUCCUCAUCGUUGUUGUGAUUCUUUUUGGUGCUGUUGCUGGAUUAUUCAUAUGGAAUACGUUCUUUGGGAGAAAGGCUAUCAUGGGUUUUAUUGCUCGUUAUCCUGAUGCUGAGCUACGAAAUGCCAAAAAUGGGCAAUUUGUGAAGAUAUCUGGGGUGGUCACAUGUGGUAAUGUGCCUCUUGAGUCGUCCUUCCAAAAAGUUCCUAGAUGUGUAUAUACGUCAACAAGCUUGUAUGAGUAUCGAGGAUGGGAUUCAAAGGCAGCCAACCCAACGCAUCGCCGCUUUACUUGGGGACUUAGAUCAUUAGAAAGACGCGCUGUUGACUUCUACAUCUCUGAUUUCCAAUCUGGCCUGAGAGCAUUGGUUAAAACUGGUUAUGCGGCAAGGGUGACUCCUUAUGUUGAUGACUCCCUUGUCAUUGAUGUUAACCCGAGCACUGAGGAGUUGUCUCCAGAGUUCAUCAGGUGGUUGGGAGAGAGGAACCUUUCAAGGGAUGACCGGAUAAUGCGAAUGAAAGAAGGGUAUAUCAAAGAAGGAAGCACAGUAAGUGUAAUGGGAGUUGUUCAAAGGAAUGAUAAUGUCCUUAUGAUUGUUCCUCCACCUGAGCCGAUUACAACAGGGUGCCAGUGGCCGAAAUGUAUUUUUCCGGCAAGCCUCGAUGGUAUUGUUUUGAGAUGUGAAGAUACCUCAAAGAAUGAUGUCAUACCAGUGUAAUAAUGUGAUGUAGACUCUUUAUACACUCUUCUCCUUUUAUUCUUUUUAUUCACUAUUAAUAUUGAUGGCGGCUACAAUGGGGAUGAUAACGACAAGUAAUGGUGGUUGUGGUGAUGGUCAGAGGGUGCUGGUGGUGUUUUUUUUUUUUUUUUUCUUUUUCUUCCUCUUCAAAUAUCACUUGGUGUAUAGUUUUGGUGUUCCGUACCAUUCUUUUUCUUUUGCCUUUUUCAAUUAGGUCGUGAAGGUUUUUGUAAUGGGCUGGGCUGGUUUUGCAGGGAGUUUACAUGUUUGAGCAGAUUGCGGUUAUUCUAAAAUAGAAAAGAAAAUUGUUGUGAGCUUAGCAGCAUUUUUAGAAA